AUGUCUAGGGAUCGAAGCAGAUCAAGAUCCCGCAGCAGUGAGUCCAGGAAAAGAGGAUCACAGAGCAAAGAUUACUUCAGAGAUGGUUACCAAUGUAAAAAACAUACCUGUUACCAUAGAAAUAGAAGCCCAGAUGGUUAUGAACCAAGAAGGCAACCCAGUAGCAGAGCUAGAACUCUUUCUAGUGAGUCUGAGGGAACAAGAGCUGAAAGGCCUAGAGGGAAAAGGAAGUACAAGUCUCAUCACUUGGAGAGCAGUACACCCAGAGGAAAUGAAGACGCUUCUUCUGCCAAGGAAGAAAGGGCUCUUCAGACACCUUCGCUCAACUACAGAGACUCUUACAAAAAGACAGCUAGUUUUGUGGCUGGACAACCAGAAAUGGAGAUUCAACACAAAAAGGGGAAGAAAAGGUCGAGAAGCCCAACUAUGGAGAUUAUUGAUGAAGGAAACGCCACCAAUGCAAGACACCAUACAAAGAAGAGGGAAAGGGAGGAAAACACACCAAAAAGCCAUACGGGCAACUCUCCAUUCUCUUCUCCACUUGUCAUUACAAUAGACAGCGACAGUGACAAAGACCUUGAAAUCCAAGGCAAUAUUGAGCGUGAUAGUAGCAUUUCCUGGAGUCCCACCAUGCAACGGAAUGACAGAGAAAGAGAGUUUCCUUCACCCCUCUUGGAAGCCAGAGACUGUAGUUAUGACCGAGCUAAUGAAUCAGACAAAAUUGACAUGGACAGCAAUGUGACUACCACAGUGGAGGAUGGAGAUGAGACUCCAUGUAGAGUUGCACAGCUGCAGGAAAGUGCCAAUGAACAGGAAUCUCCUGGGAGGAACAGUAGUAAUAGUAGUAGUAGUUCACUUGAGACAGGCAAUCAGCCUAGCAGCACAGAAAGGGACUUAGGCAACCGGUUUCCAGCCAACAGAUCGUCUUUGUUUGCAAGGCUGAAAAAGCUGAUGGAAGAGUCACGUCGGCGGAACUCAUAA